AUACUUCCACUUCUGGUCCCACCCCACUUUUCUGUAUCCCUUACUCCACCACUUCUGUUUUUCUUUAGUGUCUAAUGUACUGGAGUGCUAAAAUUUCAAGAAGACAUUGACAAAUCCACAGCAUUGUGAAAUAUUCUGACUUGUUUUAAUGACUUCUGGAUGAAGUUGACCAGAAAAAAAUUCAUUAAUUUCUAGAAAAGCUAAACAACACAAUUAAAGAAAUUGAAAACUAAUGAACUAAGUGUCCAGCUUAGUGAAUUAGAAAAAUAACAGGCAACUAAUUAUUCCUGCCCUCAAAUUAGAAGGAAAUUGUUAAAUUUUAAGCUGAAAUGAAUGAAAUAGAAACAAUAGCGAGGAUCAACGAAAAUACAAUCUAGUUCUUUGAAAAGAUCAACAAGCAAAUCACCAGCAAGAUUAAUUAAAAACAAAAGAAGAGUGAAAGCAAGCUCAAAAAUUAAAGGUAAUGAACAGGGUAACAUAACUAUAGACAAAAUAGCUACGGAAUAAGUAAUGAGAAAAUAUAGUGAUAAACUGCAUACAGAAAAGAAAGGAACAAAGGAAGAAAGAAUGGGGAAGAGAAAGAGAAAGAAAGAAAAAGAAUAAACGGACAAUUUUCUGGGGAUACAUAAAUUACAGAAACCGAUUCAAGGAUAAUAGAAAACCUGACUGGGCCUAUAACCACUAAAGAAAUAAAUCGAUAGUUAAAAUUUAUUCAUUAAAAAACAAACAAACCAAUUAUCAGAGUAUUUUACCAAGAGGGUUCUAAUCAAAUGUUAAAAUUUUAAGAUACAUGGUUCCAGAGAAUUGGCAAAGAGAGAAAACUAAACUCUGGCCAUUUUAUGAAGUUUGGAAUAGCCUUGCUUUUUCAAAUGAGAGAAGGAAAUCUUUGUAACAGCGGGUCCUAAACGCAGACCCGGGGUCCCCUCUCCACCCAGCCCCACGCCUGGGCGUCUGCGCUAACCUCCACACUCACUGCUCUAACCAGCGAGGGCCUCUCCUUCCCACGACUCUAUAGUUCUCAGGUCGCUCUCUCCGCCGAGUACUCUAUGGUUCCGGGCCGGCCCGCGCGUCCCGAGUUUGAAAACUUGGCGGAAAGAUGGCGGCCGCCGCUGUCACCCGGUCGGGCUGCUCCCGAGCCGGAGGGAGCUGGGACUGGGGUUUGCCCUAAACCGCCGAGGAGGGCUCGCGAUGAAUCCUCCUCGCCGGAGUGGGAAACGGCGGCGUUCAGCAUCAGGCCCAGACUCCUCGGGAAGCGGCGGGGACGGCGGUGACAGCCCCCGGCUCCUCCCGGGUUCCGUGCUGAGCCCGCCGCCGGGCCUGGGGCGCAGUUUGAAGGGUCGCGACCACCUGUCCGCAGGGGCAUGCAACCAGACAGUUUCUGAGGACCAAACAGACAAGCUGCUAUUGGCAAACUGGGGACUUCCUAAAGCGGUGCUGGAGAAGUAUUACAGUUUUGGUGUAAAAAAGAUGUUUGAGUGGCAGGCAGAGUGCCUUUUGCUUGGACAGGUCCUGGAAGGAAAGAAUUUAGUCUAUUCAGCUCCUACCAGUGCUGGGAAGACUCUUGUUGCUGAAUUACUUAUCUUGAAACGGGUUUUGGAAACGCAGAAGAAAGCUUUGUUUAUUCUGCCCUUUGUCUCUGUGGCUAAGGAGAAGAAAUACUAUCUCCAGAGCCUGUUUCAGGAAGUAGGAAUAAAAGUAGACGGGUAUAUGGGCAGUACCUCUCCAACAGGGCAUUUCUCUUCCUUGGAUAUUGCUGUCUGCACAAUUGAGAGAGCCAAUGGUCUGAUCAAUCGCCUCAUAGGGGAAAAUAAGAUGGAUCUUGUAGGAACGGUGGUUGUAGAUGAGCUGCAUAUGCUGGGAGACCCUCACCGAGGAUAUCUGCUGGAACUUCUGCUGACCAAGGUUUGCUAUAUUACUCAGAAAUCAGCAUCUUGCCAGGCAGAUUUAGCCAGUCCUCAGCCUAAUGCUGUGCAGAUUAUUGGCAUGAGUGCUACUCUUCCUAAUUUGGAGCUGGUGGCUUCCUGGUUGAAUGCUGAGCUCUAUCACACCGACUUUCGCCCUGUGCCACUUUUGGAAUCAAUAAAAAUUGGCAGUUCCAUCUAUGACUCUUCAAUGAAGCUUGUGAGAGAAUUUCAGCCCAUGCUACAAGUGAAGGGAGAUGAGGACCAUGUUGUUAGUUUGUGCUAUGAAACCGUCCUUGAUAGCCAUUCAGUAUUACUUUUCUGCCCAUCAAAGAAAUGGUGUGAGAAGCUGGCGGAUAUCAUUGCCCGAGAAUUUUAUAAUCUACACCAUCAAGCUGAGGGCAUGGUAAAACCACGUGAAUGUCCACCAGUCAUUCUGGACCAAAAGGGCCUCCUGGAAGUGAUGGAUCACUUAAAACGUUUGCCUUCAGGCUUGGACUCUGUGUUACAAAAAACGGUGCCAUGGGGAGUAGCAUUUCAUCAUGCAGGUCUUACUUUUGAAGAGAGGGAUAUCAUUGAAGGAGCCUUCCGUCAAGGCCUCAUUCGAGUCUUGGCAGCAACAUCUACCCUUUCAUCUGGGGUGAAUUUACCUGCACGGCGUGUGAUUAUUAGGACUCCUGUUUUCAGUGGUCGGUCUCUAGAUGUUCUUACUUACCAGCAGAUGGUUGGUCGUGCAGGGAGGACAGGAGUGGACACAGUGGGCGAGAGUAUCUUAGUUUGUAAGGACUCUGAGAAGUCAAAAGGCAUAGCUCUACUUCAGGGAUCUCUAAAACCUGUUCGUAGCUGUCUACGAAGACAGGAAGGAGAAGAAGUAACUGCCAGCAUGAUAAGAGCUAUUCUGGAGAUAAUAGUUGGUGGAGUGGCAAGUACAUCACAAGAUAUGCAAACUUAUGCUUCUUGCACAUUCUUGGCCGCAAGUAUGAAAGAAGGGAAGCAGGGAAUUCAGAGAAAUCAGGAUUCUGUUCAACUUGGAGCAGUUGAGGCGUGCGUGAGGUGGCUGCUAGAGAACGAAUUCAUUCAAGUUUCGGAAGCUGGUGAUGGGACAGAAGGAAAAGUAUAUCAUCCAACCCAUCUUGGUUCGGCUACUCUUUCUUCUUCGCUUUCUCCAGUGGAUACUUUAGAUAUUUUUGCUGACCUCCAAAGAGCAAUGAAGAGCUUUGUUUUAGAGAAUGACCUGCAUAUACUCUAUUUGGUUACACCAGUGUUCGAGGAUUGGACUACUAUUGAUUGGUACCGAUUUUUUUGUUUGUGGGAGAAGUUGCCAACUUCUAUGAAACGGGUAGCGGAGUUAGUCGGGGUUGAAGAAGGGUUCUUGGCUCGCUGUGUGAAAGGGAAGGUAGUAGCCAGAACUGAGAGACAGCACCGGCAAAUGGCCAUCCAUAAAAGAUUUUUCACCAGUCUUGUGUUACUAGAUUUAAUCAGUGAAGUUCCCUUAAAGGAAAUUAAUCAGAAAUAUGGAUGCAAUCGUGGACAAAUUCAAUCUUUACAACAAUCAGCAGCUGUUUAUGCAGGGAUGAUUACAGUAUUUUCCAAUCGUCUGGGCUGGCACAACAUGGAACUACUACUUUCCCAGUUUCAGAAGCGUCUUACAUUUGGUGUCCAGAGGGAGCUGUGUGACCUCAUCCGAGUGUCCUUGCUUAAUGCACAGCGAGCCAGGUUCCUCUAUGCUUCCGGCUUCCUCACCGUGGCAGAUCUUGCCAGAGCAAAUACUGCUGAGGUAGAGGCUGUUCUGAAAAAUGCCGUACCUUUCAAAAGCGCCCGAAAGGCAGUGGACGAGGAAGAGGAAGCAGUUGAAGAACGCCGGAAUAGGCGAACCGUUUGGGUGGCUGGCAGAAGGGGCUUAACAGAAAGGGAGGCAGCAGCCCUUAUAGUGGAAGAAGCCAGAACGAUUCUGCAGCAGGACUUAGUCGAAAUGGGAGUGCAGUGGAGUCCAAAUUCCCCUUUAAAUUCCGAUGCACACUCAUCGACCAGCAGUGAGUCAGAUGUAGAGGAACACGCACUUGUUACCCAAACUAAGAGUUCUUGUAAAAGACUAACAACACCAAAGAAGAAAAGUAAUACAAGAGCAGUUAGUGGUCCUCGUGUUACGCAUUCAUCAAAUACAGUACAAGAUUCAGAUAAAAGUAGAGCGCGUACAAGUUCCUCUUACGAGCUCCAGCAUGGGAAUCAAGAACACCCGGUACAUUCCAUUUCCAGAGCAAGAAAACGGCCUUCUUUGAACAUGAGUAGAGAGCAGGUGGGCACCUCUCUCAGGGAGGAGAAAACAAGCACUAAGAAAGUUGUUCAGACUUUCUCAUCUGAAAAGACAAAAAAAGAAGCUUUGAAUUUCAGCUCUGAAAAGUUGAGCACGACCACCUUCCAAUCUUGGAAGCGUAGUAAACGUCUAAGACUAUCAAGUGACAGGAGCACUUUGAAAGACUCUGGGAUGCGUAGAACUGAUGUACAAGGACAGACUGGGUCUGAUCCUAUUUAUCGUGAGGAUCCCUUAAUCUUAGAUGAGAAGCAUAUGGAAUUGAGAAGUCCAGGGUCAUUUGCUAAAAACGUAUCUCUGUGUGCUGAGGAAAAAUGUAACAAAACAUCGUUCCCAUCACAGACAGAACAACGCUGUUCAAGGAACAGAACACUAACUAGUGACACCCUUGCAGAACAUUUUGUCACUGGGUCUCAGAGUAGAAAAGCGAGUUGUCAAGCUACUAGUGUGGUUUGUGAAAAUGGAAGAGGAUUAGCUGUUGUUGAUCCAGAAAAAAUAAACAACGUGCUGAUACAAAAUGAUUCGAAAAAGCAGAAUGUUUAUGUGAAGCACCAUGACAGCCAUCCAGUUAACCAGUGCCCUGAAAAGCAGUCUGAUAAACAGACAAACACUUACACCAAACAGAGAAAAAUAACAGAGGGACAAACGCUCCAUGAGGCAGCCGGUCAUCAUAUGCGUGGAGACUCAAAUAUUGCUAACAUCAAAUGUGAAAAUAUAAAAUUAAAAGCGGAGGAAAAGAACUCAAAUAAUUUUCAGGCGGUAGGAGAUAAUAUAAGCAGCACUGAGAUACGGAGUGGAAUACUUCCAUCAAAUGGAACAUUUGGUAAAGCAGGAGGCCAGCGUGAGAAUUUUCUAAAUACCACCCCAAAACAAGAAAAAACAGGUACUUAUGCAGCAAAGGAAACUAAAAAUAAUCAUAUUCCUGACUUAAGUUUAGCCCUCUGUGAUUUUGAAGAUAGUUUAUACCUGGAUACUCAGUCGGAGAAAAUAAUACAACAGAUGGCAACUGAAAAUGCCAAACAAGAAGGAGCAAAGGACAGCAGCACAACGGCCGGGAUGAGGCAGACGAGCGUAGACGGGCAUAGCUCAGCUAGCUCUUCUCUGAAGGAGAUUCCCGUGACUCUUCCCGGUGAACGGCAUUCUGUAGGAACGACCGGUACAAAUCAUUUGGAACUUAAGACUUCAGAUACUCCGAAACAAAGAAGUGACUCACACGCAAUUGAUAUAUUGACUUCACAGAGUCCAAAUUUUCAUUCUCCAACACUGUUGGGAGAAAAUGGGCCUUGUCCGAAAGGGAAUGAACUUUCUGUUACUGACUCCCAGUUAAACAGCUUUCUUCAAGGCUAUCAGACACCAGAAACUAUGAAGCCAGUCAUAGCCCUGGUUCCCCAACAGAGCACGCCCACUGGUACUGAAGUAGAAAGUCUGCCAGUUUCUGAAACAAGUUUGAAUACGAGUGAUGCUUUGCUGUUUGACAGUUUCAGUGACGACUCCCCAGUAGAAGGGCACCCACCUGAUGUACAAGUGAAAGAGCCUGUUCCUUCUGAAGCAGUGGCGAAGCAUUUCAGCUAUUCUCUGUGUCUACACCCAGAGGCCCCAAUUAAAAAAUCAGAUAUGAGUGAGAAUCCAGAUAUUGAGCAGCGAUCGACCUGUUGCAGUGAUGAGUCUCUUGCAUUUUCAGAAAUGGAUUCUGUUCAGAUGCUCGAAGCCUUGGACAAUGUAGAUAUGUUUCCUGUCCAAGGAAAACAUAAUACUGCAGCAUGUCUUGAAGCAUUGGAACUAAGUGAUCCAGGGAUUUUAGGUAAUGAUCACGCUGGUGCAGAAACAAUUGGAGGAGAUCAAGAUGAAAGGGGUCAAAAAUCCAGAUUAACUGGGACAGUGCAAAAUAAUUCCUUCAUGUGGUCCGGGGCAUCAUUCAGUUUAAAUCCAGGACUGCAAAGGAUUUUAGAUAAAGCGUCUAGUCCUCUAGAAAAUGAAAAUCUAAAAUUAAGGACUGUAAACUUACCUAGUUUGGAAGGAAAAAAUGCAGAGUUAAAUGACAAACAAGUGAUUUCAAAUUUGGGGACAAAACAAAUGCAGGGAAUUUCAUUUCCCCCUAAUAUUGAAGUGAAAAGCAAGAUGGAGGCACUAGAGAACAAUGCCAUUUGUGGUGAAGCCUCACCCCUCUUGCUCCAUAAAGAAAGCUGUGUAGCUGAUGAUAAUGGUCUCGUUCCGCCGACACCAACUCCGGCAUCUGCUUCUAAGCUGGCCUUUCCAGAAAUUCUUGGAACAUCUUCCGUAAAACCUCAGAAAACCUGCAGCGAUUUACUAUCUGGUAAAAGUUACUCAUGUGUUUCACCCUCAGAUAUUGAAAAUCGUGAUUUAAAUCCAGAGAUUAGGAAUGGUUUCAAAGAAGACAGUCCUGUCCGAGACACAAGUUUUUCACUACAGGUAUCACAGGACGAAUCGCACUUAACUCCAGCCUCAUGCAGUUCAGAGAGCUUGACCAUAAUUGAUGUGGCCAGCGACCAAGCUCUCUUCCAAACCUUCGUGAAGGAGUGGCAGUGCAGAAAGCGAUUUUCUGUCUCACUGGCUUGCGAGAAAAUCAGUAGUUUGACAUCUUCUAAAACUGCUACUAUUGGUGGUAGGUUUAAGCAAGUAAGUUCACUUCUGGAAACCCCCAUUAGAGAGGAUGGAUUUCCCGUUAAGGACCACGAGGAUGCCUUGGUGGUUGGACUGGCCGUGUGCUGGGGUGGAAGCGAUGCCUAUUAUUUUUCAUUACAGAAGGAACAAAAUCAUUCUGAAAUCAGUGCGAGUUUGGCACCGCCUUCUCUGGAUCCAGGCCUGACUGUGAAGGACCGGAUGUGGCACCUUCAGACCUGCUUGGAAAAGAAUUCUGAUAAAGAACGUUGUGCUAUCGUCUACGACUUCAUCCAGAGCUAUAAAAUUCUUCUUCAGUCUUGUGGCAUUUCCCUGGAACAAGGUUAUGAAGAUCCAAAGGUGGCAUGCUGGUUAUUAGACCCAGAUUCUAAGGAGCCGACUCUUCACAGCAUAGUCACCAGCGUUUUUCCUCAUGGGCUUCCGCUCCUGGAAGGAAUGGAGACGGGCCACGGGAUUCAGAGCCUGGGGCUGAACGUCAGCGCCGAGCACUCGGGCCGGUACAGAGCAUCUGUAGAGUCCGUUCUCGUCUUCAACGCGAUGAAUCAACUCAAUUCUUUGUUGCAGAAGGAAAAUCUUCAAGAUGUUUUCCGUAAAGUGGAAAUGCCUACUCAGUACUGUUUAGCCUUGCUAGAACUAAAUGGAAUUGGGUUCAGUACUGCAGAAUGUGAAAGUCAGAAACACAUAAUGCAAGCCAAGCUGGAUGCAAUUGAGACUCAGGCCUAUCAACUAGCUGGCCACAGCUUUUCCUUCACCAGCUCAGAUGACAUUGCUGAGGUUUUAUUUUUGGAAUUGAAGUUGCCGCCAAACGGAGAGAUGAAAAAUCAAGGCAGCAAGAAAACUUUGGGCUCCACCAGAAGAGGGCAUGACAAGGGGCGCAACCUAAGGCUGGGCAAACAGCUCAGCACUAGGAAGGAUGUUUUGAAUAAAUUAAAGGCACUGCAUCCUUUACCAGGCUUGAUAUUAGAGUGGAGAAGAAUCAGUAAUGCUAUUACGAAAGUGGUCUUUCCCCUGCAGCGGGAAAAGCGCCUGAAUCCUUUUCUUGGAAUGGAAAGAAUCUAUCCGGUAUCACAGUCACACACUGCUACAGGACGAAUAACCUUCACAGACCCAAAUAUUCAGAAUGUACCAAAAGAUUUUGAGAUCAAAAUGCCAAUGUUAGUAGAGGAAAGCCCACCUUCCCAAGCCCUAGGCAAAGGCCUACUUCCUACGGGCAGAGGAGGAAACAAACGGGGUCAUAACCUGAGCCCUGGGCACCAGGCGCGAAUGGAGGAGGGAGCCUCUGUCAGAGGGAUGCCAUUUUCCGUUAGCAUGCGGCACGCCUUUGUACCUUUCCCAGGUGGUGUGAUAUUGGCUGCUGAUUACUGUCAACUUGAACUGAGGAUCUUGGCUCAUUUAUCUCAGGAUCACCGUCUCAUUCACGUGUUAAACACUGGAGUAGAUGUCUUCAGGAGCGUUGCAGCAGAAUGGAAAAUGACGGAGCCGGAGUCUGUUGGGGAGGAUCUGAGGCAACAAGCAAAGCAGAUUUGCUAUGGAAUCAUUUAUGGAAUGGGAGCAAAAUCCCUAGGAGAGCAGAUGGGCAUUAAAGAAAAUGAUGCUGCUUGUUAUAUUGACUCCUUCAAAUCCAGAUACACAGGGAUUAAUCAUUUCAUGAAAGAGACAGUGAAGAAUUGUAGAAGAGAUGGGUUUGUUCAGACCGUUUUGGGAAGGCGCAGAUAUUUGCCAGGAAUCAAAGACAACAACCCUUACCAUAAAGCUCACGCUGAGCGUCAGGCUAUCAACACAACAGUCCAAGGAUCAGCGGCUGAUAUUGUCAAAACAGCCACCGUUAACAUUCAGAAGCAACUGGAGACCUUCCACUUAACCUUCAAAUCCCACGGUCAUCGGGAAGGAAUGCUCCGAAGUGACAGAAGAGGCUUGUUACCAAGGGGAAGACUGCCGGGGAUGUUCUGCCCAGUCCGAGGAGGCUUCUUCAUCCUUCAGCUCCAUGAUGAACUCUUAUAUGAAGUGGCCGAAGAGGACGUUGUUCAGGUAGCUCAGAUUGUCAAGUCUGAAAUGGAAAAUGCCAUAAAACUUUCUGUGAAACUGAAAGUUAAAGUGAAAAUAGGUGCCAGCUGGGGAGCACUGAAGGACUUCGAUGUGUAAUCAUGCCCUUGAAUAAGGCUUCCUGGGGAAGCUGGUAGGUAGUCAAAUGGCAAGAAUAGAGAUUGCCCUUUAACGUACUUCGUGAAAACAGGAACCACCAAGGCUUGAUGGAUUUACUACGUUAAUAAGUGAUAAUUUCAAAAUAUGUAUCAGGGUCCACUCUCUGUAGUGUAAAAACGCUUCUUUUUUGGAGGUGAAAUACCAAAUUUAAUAGUUAUACUCACUCUGAAAGAGUAUCUAUGAAAUUGCCUUUUAUAGUUCACUGUGGCUUUAAACAGAUUCCGAACACAUACUUGAAAUAUGCACUUAUCAUUUUGGGUCCUCAUCUGUCUGAGUUGAGCAUGAAGAAAAUGAAGCUGCUAGCCCAGGGGCAUUUUUCAGGCCCUCAUCUACCUCUUGACCAGGAUUCAGACACCUGAAGUGUAGACCUCAACAGGACCCAUAGACAGUAAGGGUUUGACUUCACUAAUGCCACUAGGGCCGGCUAGUGUGGUCCUUCUCCAAUGUCAGUUUAAGACUACCAAAGUAGUGUUUUUAAAUAGCAUUGGCUAAUAAAUUGUAAAUUCUAUGAAAUGGUAAGAUUUGGUGUGAACGGAGUCUCCGAAUGAGUGUUCAUGAAACGCUGUUGCUGCUGCUGCUUUUUCCCUCCCCAGUUCGCACAGUGAAUGUCUUUGGAACACUUAAUGCAUUAUAUAAAAUAAGCUCCACCUCUUCAAGAGGUGUCCUGUUCUGUGAGAUCAGGUGAUUUGACUGCAGUUUAAUGUAAUACUGCCAGAGAAAGAAAGCGCCCCUCACCAGUCCUUAGUGCGCCUCUGCUGUUUGUGGCCUGAUGAGUAUACCCACACUGAAAAAAUUGUACUUGGUGAUCUCGGUCAGAGGUGGGGAACUGACCUUUUUGCUGUUGAAAUAAAAUGAAUUUCUGAGAAACUUUACAUCAACAGUUCCAUUUUUUUCUUUAUUUUACUUGUAUUUGGUCUAAGAGUAUCAGAAACCUAAGCCCCCUGUUUACUUAUUCUGCAGAGCAUGUGGAAAGUAUGUAUUAUAUUCAUAAACAGUUAUCAGAAGAACUUUUUGUUUAUUGAUCAGAAUAAAGAAGAGACUUUCUUUAUCAAUAAAGUGUAACACACUGUCAGUAGUUGAGUAUUAGUGCACGAGACAUGCAGCACAUAGCUUUUUGUUCGGUUUCUUUUGGUGGGCAGAAGAAUCAUUUCCUGAGCUUUUCCCAUAUUCCCUUUUCUCGUGCUUCUCAGAGAGAA